CACAGCAGCAAAAAAAAAAAAACCCAACACCCACCACGAGAGCGACGAGGACGAUGAUGAUGACCACAAGUACUCGAAUAGCAACCCGAUCGAUGUUCAUCAAGAUAUUGAUCAGUCUGAUCCUCAUCUGCUCCCACGUCCAUGCUCACCAGAACGAACAGAUCAUCAUCGAUUUCGAUGGUGGAGACGACCACCAACAAGCUACUACAGCCACCCCCACCACUACCCUAGAUACCCCACAGGCCGUGCCGACAGGAAUCCCCGCGCAAUUGAUCAAGAAAGUCACCGGGUGGAACGACACCAUUGUUGCCAAACUUCUCGGCCAGAUCCCUCCUCGUCCACCCCAUCCGUUCGUGGUACCGAUCACUGACGAGAACUACGAGGAGGUGAUUGAAUCAGAGAUCGAUUCUGUCCAGCCCGGCUGGGGUAGCGAUCAGGAUACCGUAUGGGUCAUCUCAGUUGUUGCAAGCGACAGACCGUCGACGCUGUUUGACGACCAGUUCGAUAAACUCGCUUCAAAUUCGUCCCUGGCCAUCAAGCCGAUCCCGCCAAAGAAGAGAGAAGACGAACCUGACGUGAUCCAGAAAGAUCCCUCGGAUCAGUAUCUUUUCAAGCCUCAGAUUAGAUUCGCUCGGAUCGAUUACAUGGCUAACACCGAUUUCACUCUGACAAAAUGGUUGAUAUUCAAGUGCCCUGUCAUGGUAGUUGUCACUAAGAGAGGAGACGAACUCCGGUUCUUCAAAACUGGUGGAGCCCCUCCCUCGGCCGAACAUCUGGGCGAAUUCUUACGAGAAGAGAGAUACCUACUCAAGCCAAUCUGGAACUCGACGUUUUCCCACGGCAAUUCAGGGGAAUGGGUGGUCGUCUUGAUGGGAAGGGCCUUCCAAAGCUUUCACAUGUUGACCAACCAAGUACCUGGCUGGCUACUGAUGAUCGUGACCAGCAUGCUCGGUACCAGUCUGAUGCAAUGGCUCCAUAAAUCUCCCCCCAAGACUACCAACACUCGCUCUACUAACACAUCAUCGACCAGAAACUCAAAAAAUCCCCCGUCCGAAAAUCUGGCCUCUCAAGAACUGAAGAAAGAACUCGCCCAAGCCGCCGUCCAACUCGCUCAAAUCACCGACCAGAAACGUGGUACUUCGUCUGCAAAGACUCAAUCUACAACACCUCAACGGAGAAAAUAGAUAAAACUGAUGGAAUUCUUUCUCGGUUCUCCUCGCACCUCCUGUCAUUCUAUCCCUUUUUGCGCGUACAUUUUGCUCGUCAUCAUGAAUCAAAGAUAGAUUCAUUAAUGUAUUCUCUUGUUAUUUUUGUCUGUUAACUCGUCUUGCUCACUCUCAUGUAUAGGUUUCCAUGUUACAUCUGCCUGAACAUUCUCUCAAUUGCCUCAUCAUGGAAUCUUCAACCAGGUUAUGUGAUUGUGUUAUUUCCCCUAUUGUAAUAAGAACUUGCAGUACUUACAUGUCCAUUGUCAAAAGCUAUAAAUCAAGAUAUGGGUUUCAUCAAAAUUGUAAGACUUUUUAAGACUUCCACAGCUGUACAGUCGGCGCUCCAAAAUCCUAAACAAGUCAGAUGCAUAGAAUGCUCACCAUUGCUAGAUCCUAAUUUUCUCUCUAAAUCUAUUCAACUGUGUCCAAG